CCCAUUAAAUAUGAAAAUAUAAAAUAUUACCAUAGACUGUUCAAGUACAGCAUAUCAGCAUAUGAUAAACGAAAUGUCAAAUCAAGUAUACCUUUGCACGUUCGUUGUUGGUUGUUUUUUUUUUUAUCAAAGGAAGAAACGAUUGAGAAGUCGUCCAUUGAAUUGCAACAAAAAGCAUUGAAAGAUUUUAUUAAAGAAAAUUUCUCAGUUUCAUAAAAUCUGUUCGUGGAUAAAGAAGAGACGUUUUGUUGAAAAUACAAAUCUCUGUGUUUGAAAAUAUAUAUAUAUAUAUUGUACACGUACAGCUUUCAAUAAAUUAAGGAUUAAAAAUCAUUAUUAUUUGUGAGGAGAGAAAUUCGUAUCAUAAUUAAGAAGAAGAAAAUGUUGCUGCAGCGAAACAAGUUGGGUAGCGUACGACCACCGAAACGCUGCCGUAACGACAUGGAUUCGGCCUCCGCUUCUGAUAUUGUUAUUAUUCAUGGUAAUUCACAUCCGGAUUUAGCGAAUUUGGUUGCCGAACGUUUGGGUAUUAAAAAUGCUGGCUGCUCGGUAUUUCAUAAAACCAAUCGUGAAACUAUGGUUGAAAUCGGUGAUUCAGUGCGUGGAAAGGAUAUUUACAUCAUACAAACAGGAACCAAGGAUGCUAAUAAUAAUAUCAUGGAGUUGUUAAUAAUGGCCUAUGCUUGUAAAACGUCUUCGGCACGUUCCAUAGUUGGUGUUAUUCCUUAUUUACCAUAUUCUAAACAAUGCAAAAUGAGGAAACGUGGUUGUAUUGUUACCAAAUUGUUGGCUAAAAUGAUGUGCACUUCAGGCUUAACACAUAUAAUUACCAUGGAUUUGCAUCAGAAGGAGAUACAAGGCUUUUUCGAUAUACCUGUUGAUAAUUUAAGAGCUUCACCGUUUCUUUUGCAAUAUAUACAAGAAAGCAUACCUGAUUAUCGUAAUUCGGUUAUUGUGGCUCGUAAUCCGGGAUCAGCUAAGAAAGCUACAUCGUAUGCCGAACGCUUGCGUUUGGGCAUUGCUGUUAUUCAUGGCGAACAGAAAGAGGCGGAAAGUGAUCAAGUAGACGGACGUUACUCUCCUCCACCUACCAGUACGUAUGACAAUUUAAUAGGAAAUACAGUUGAAAUGUGCUUACCAGCGAUUUCUAGCAGUCGCACACGCACUAUAAGUGUUUCCGUUGGUGUACCUGAGCAUCCACCCAAAGUGAAGCCACCCAUUAAUUUAGUGGGCGAUGUUAAUGGACGGAUAGCUAUUAUGGUGGACGAUCUAAUCGAUGAUGUGCAGUCCUUUGUCGCUGCUGCGGAAGUCUUGAAAGAAAGCGGUGCGGGUAAAAUUUAUGUAUUAGCCACUCAUGGUCUACUCAGCUCCGAUGCUCCUCGCUUAAUUGAAGAAUCACAUAUUGAUGAGGUUGUUGUAACCAAUACUAUUCCACACGAGAUCCAGAAAUUGCAAUGCCAUAAAAUCAAAACGAUUGACAUUUCCAUAUUAAUUGCCGAAGCUAUACGUCGCAUCCACAACAAAGAAUCCAUGUCCUAUUUAUUCCGAAAUGUCACCCUAGAGGAUUAAGACGGUGUCUUUCAUCUACUAUUUGUGUUUUCCAUACAAAAAGUAUUUAUUAUCUUAAUUGGGUCGGUUAUACAAUAGUUACGGAUUCAAUUGUAGGAUUUUUUCAAGCGCUUUUUCUUUUUGUUUUGUUUUCUAUUACAGUCUUAGUACAUUCUUUUUGGUUUAUCCUGUGAAUAAAGUCUAAAGAAACAUUUUUCAAAUUCUUGCAUGCCA